ACCAGGGGUUUAGUCACUCAUUUUAUUCUCCUCAGAGGGAACAGAAAAACAAAGAAUCAUGGCUGGUUGGCAGUAUCUUUUCCUCUUUUCAAUAAUUUCAGUACUUUCAAUCUCAAAGGGGGAGGAACACAUAGAAGAAGUUGUAGAGGAACCCAUCAAAGUGGCAAAGGUACAUCCUUAUGGGGCUCCUAUUCAAGCUGAUCCAAGCAGCCCAGAAAUUCAAAGAGUUGCCAAUGCAGCCAUAGCAGAAUACAACAAGAUAAACAACAGACCAAAUUUCUUCAAACUUGUGAAUGUUAAGACUGCAGAAACACAGGUGAUUAAUGCCAUCAAAUACAUACUAAAUGUUGAAAUCAGAAAGACGAAGUGUAAGAAACCUAAGGCUGUUGAUCUGGAGUCCUGUGUUUUAGGAAAAAAGACGCUCAACUGCUAUUUUGAGGUGCAUUUUCAUCCUUCUGAUAAUUCAUAUAAGAUGAUGUACACUGACUGCAAGAAAUAAUCAUCAUCAUUUGGACCUAUCAAUAAACUGUACAUUCUUCUAUGUAAUCAACAACUACAGUAUUUUUUUUUUUUUUUUAACUAUUCCUCAAUUUAACACAAUAUGCUCCUUGUGGAGAGUUUUAUUCAGUGUGUAUGCUUGUUUUUUUCCUUAUUGAAUAAUAAUAACAUGAUAAAUAUGUUCAUUAAGAUGACGAAAGCAGUUACUGUACUUUACUGUACAGCACAGGGGAGAACAACUCCAUCCUUCGAGGGCCAUUCCACAUCACGUUUCAGAGUAUCAAAAUAUUAUGCAGUUAGUGCAAAAAUCCCAUCAUACACAUGCAUCAUUCCUUACCCAAUGAUGUUCAUUGGCAAUUCAAAGACAUUGUAGUAACAUGUAUAUAAUAUACCUUAUCAAUGGUAUAACAACAGUAUGACCAAUCAUCAGUCAUUAAGUUUAUAAAUCUCUAAUGAGUGGUUGUCUCACAGUCUACACUUAGCUACUGUAUUAUGUUGUAAUGAUCAAACUACAUGCACGAAAAAAUAUAUAAAUAAUCCAAGGAGACUGUAUUAUAACAACAGAAAUCAAGUGUAUUAUACAGCUAUACUAACAGUGACCUAUCUACACAGAUGUAUGCAAUACAGUUAACCCAAAACCCACAUACCACCAUGAAACAAAACAACACACAAUAUUUACCUUACAGCACAAUGCAAGAAAUAUUCAUUUCUUAGCCUGUCCCUUAUUAUAGAAAUGCACAAAAACAAAACAGAUUAAACCUGCACUUCUGUAAGGGAACAACGCUCAAUAAAUAUACAAUAUUUACAAAAACAAAAAAACACCACCAUAUAGUCUAGUUGCUAUUAGUUAAAUAAAUUAUAUUAAAGGGAAUAUGGUUGGAUCUUACCAAGAACAAUCAGCAAAAAUCCAGUUAGUGGUCCCAAAGCAGUCCAAUAAAUCCAAUGAAAUAAUCCACAAAAAUAAUGAUUCCAAAAGAAAAUGGUAGGAAGAAAUGUCCUUUUAAAAUUCAGAAGACAAUCGUUAGUUACAAAACAAGACAGCAGUCGAGUAAAGGGUUAAACUCUGCAACUAUAUGUGGUUAUAAAUAUCAGUGCUUCCUGGAAUAAUUUCAACAAAGGAUUUUUUGUUUUAAGUUUAAGAUAGGAAGAGAGGCCAGAUACCCUACUCUUAAACCAGUUUCAAGCUAGUUAGCUGUUCAGCUGGCUUUAGGCUUUUUGUCAAUUAAAAAAAAAAACUGAAUAAACAGGUUCUGGUAGAGUGAGAGUCCUGCUGCUGCACGUGAUGUGUGGAAUAUUGGAUUUGCAGGGAGGGGGUUAAAUUCCACCCUGCAAAAACAUGUUGGAAAGGGUGAUCACAGUUGUUAGUUUAGAAUAGUGAUGGUGAAGGUACAGGGUGGGGCUGGUUGUUUGUUUUGUUGUUUUGUUUUUAUAUAUGUAAAUAAGUGUGCAUGAGUGCUUAAUCUGUGGCAUUCUGGUAUCUGAGUCUCAUUGCCGGCAUUACCUGGACACACAGGUUCAUCAACUUUGUUAUCAAUCACCUGGAACCAACAAAGCACAGAACAGAGGGCUUAAAGGGGUAACAUUAUUUUCCCCUUUAAUUAGUUUGGAAUUGUUUCUUUAUGUUACACAAAAAACUUUAUGUACCCGUGUUACAGUGUGUUGGAGGAAACUUUUUGGUACAGCUUCAGAAAUAAAAACUUUCUCUUGUAAAAAC